UAAAAGGUUCGCCCCAACGGAAAUCGCAGAAACGCAGGACGCGAGCCAAAAAGGACACAAAAUAUAGACGGAGCAAAAAAUAAUUAUAAAAAUAGUGUCCCCGCCCCGUCCGUAAAUUCAAUUAAACGAAAAAAAAUAACGAAAAGUCCGGAAAACUAAAUUCCCUUUGUUUGUGCCCAAAAUUUUGUUAUUUUUUUCGAAGAACAAAGGAUAUUCCCCUUCGUCCCUGGUCCCCCUUUAGCCCCCGGAAACGGAAAUAUCACAAAACACCUCUCCAAGACAUAUAUAUAUACGCAUAUAUAGAGUCGCCAAAAUCGAACAAAGAGCGACUGGGAGAAGUGAAUUAAAAAAAAAGUCGGAUAGCUAUAUUCGGAAUAUAUAGCUUACGUCUCCGAUUCGUGGUGGGAUAUCCUUUUCGUCCUAAUCCUGGCCAAGAUGCUGUCGCUGCUGCUGCCCUUGCUCCUCUGCCUCGUCAGGAACGGAGGCGCCACGGCGAACUCCAGUUACGCGGCGUCGGAGAAUGUGACGUUGGCGGCGCUGCCAGCAUCGGCGUUUAACGCAUCGGCGGCAUCGGUGGCGGCUCCGUUUCCCGUUAGCUUCAGCACAGCUGCCUCGGCGCCGACGGCCUCCGACCUGGAGAAUCUCACCCUGAGCAGCAACAACGAAGCCAGCGACGAGGUGGCCAGCAGCAGCAACACCAACGCGAACCACAGCACCAUCAGCAUCAGCAACUUCAACAGCAACCUGAGCAGCAACUACAACGCGAGCUACAACAGCAACAUGCAACAACCAACCAGCAGCAGCAGCAGCAGCAGCCCCUCAACAACGGCAACAUCUGCUGGGGCGGAGGAGUCGUCCGGCGGAGUGCAGGGUAUCCUGGCCACGGCCACAGCGCCCAACGGGACUCAUGAGCCGCAGAUCAUAGGACCUGCCCCGCCCACCAAGGGGGAGCAGGAGGCGAUACUCCGGGCUCUGGACUGGCUGAAGGAGAAACGCGCCUCGGACUACGGCUGGGGAAACGAUACCCACGUGGUGAUCCUGGCCAAGGAGCUGUCCGGCGGCAGGGACCCCAACGACAGUGUCGACGGGCAUGUGCAGAUCAUCCAGGAGCUGGAGGACACGCUGUCCGUGAAGGAGAUGGAGAUCGAGAUCCUGGCCAUGCUGGAUCGCCAUCACACGCUGCCUAAGCCCCUGGACCUGGACAAGCUGGCGCGGUAUGUCCUGGCCCUUGGCUCUCUGUGCAAGGAUCCGAAGCACUUUCACGGCCACGACCUGGUGGCCACUCUGCAGCAUCACGAGCCGGCCCAGGACCUGGAGUUCGCCCUCACCACGCUCUCCGCCUGCAGCUCGGCGGCCCAUGUCCGCAAGCGCCAGAUCCGGCGGCUGCUGGACAUCGCCAGUGGGGUGACGGACCAGAGUGUGGACGCCAUUGCCAUGGUGAUCCUGGCCCUGAGGUGCAUCGUCACCGAUCACCGACAUCGGCACCUGCAGCACUUCGUUCGCCGGCCUGCCCGGGGACUGGCCAGUCUGCAGGAUCAGCGUGGCAGCUUCGGCUCCCUGCGCAGCACCGCCCUGGCCAUGCAGGCUCUCCAGGAUCUGGAGUACGACCCCGCCGGCCACUGGAACAGGACGGCCGCCUCCCGUUACAUCCUCAGUCGCCAGCGGGCGGACGGGGGCUGGAGCGAGGAGCCCCUUCAGGAUGGCCAGGAGCCGGACAUCGGUGUCGGACUCACGGCGGACAUUAUCCUGGCCCUCGGCUGGAAGGGAUUGGGCGCCGUACGUGCCCUACAGUGCGACCAUGUGAUACGCGAAAGCAGCGACCCCACGGAGAACGGCGAACCAAAGUUGGCCUUGCCCUUCGGCCUGACCUUCUCCGCCGAGGAGUCGGAUGGCAAGAACAUCUCCUACACGUACACCUUGUGGGUGGGCUCCAACGUCACCGAGGCCUUCUCCCUCUCGCUGGUCUCGCCCAAGAACACCAGCUUCUUCAAGGCCAUGACCCAGGCGGCCGAAAUGGAUCCCAGAUUCAUUUUCGAGGCUCGUGAAUGGCCAAACGGACACUAUGUGCACACUCUCUACGGCAAAAAGGAGGAGCCACGAGGGUAUCAUUACUGGCUACUCUAUCGUCUGCCAGAGCUGCCCGAUCCCAACAAUACGCCUGGGAAUCAGCUUAUUGCGCCUGUUGGUGUGGACGAACUAAUGGUCGAGGACGGCGAGCACUAUCUGUACUGGUACAAGAAGCUCUAAGCACGCGGCCUUAGACGGAGCUGCAGUUGAACCCGCUAAGCAAAGUCGAUAAACACCUAGGGCUAUAGGACCACAAUAUAUUAUUAAAUAAAUAUAUAUAUAUAUUUGGACAUAUAGCCAAGACACACACACACAGACACAAACACGACAAGCACACCGGCACAAAAACAAACACAAACGCACACACCUGCACAUGAACACCUGAGGGUUUACGGGUGUUCAUGUGUGCUUGUGUGAUGAUCACUUUCUAUAUAAUAUAUAUAGACAUAUAGAUAUAUAUAUAUAUAUUGCAUAUAUAUGUAACUGCAUGAUAAUGGCGUAAUCAAAAAAAAAAAAAGAAAAAGGGAAAGGAAGUAAGUCACCCACAGGAAGACACACACAGAAAAGGGGGUAAGAAAAAAAAACCACACAAAAAAUACUGAUCUCGAUUAGGAGGAGCACCUCAGGCCAUUACUUAUGCAUAACGAUAACGAUAGCGAUAACGAUAACAAAACGAUAACGAUAACGAAAUGAGAAACAAAAACACAGAAAAACACUAAAAACAAGAACAGGCAUCGAACGGUUAACCGUUACACCUAACGGUACCAAUCCGUCCGUUUUAGGCUCCCCCGUUUUGCUCCGCUCUCAGUGCUUCGCUUGCCGCUAACGGUUAUCGAUUAUCGAUUAUCGAUUAUUACGGCCAUCGCCAGAAUCGGCAAAGUUGUGCGAUAAGUUUUCGUUGCUCAUUUGAACACAGAAACCCGAAGAAAAAACCCCAAAAAACCGAAAGAUAAAACCCAAAAUGCUUUAUAUAUAUAUAUAUAUAUGUUAACCAGAUAAGGGGAGUGUAGACAAAGAAGGUUAGAUUAAAGGAGGAGAAUACUAAAUGGAGAAACGGAGAAAGCCAAGAAAGUAACGGCCAUCGAGCUAGUCCAAGCGAAGCAUGUUAUACCAAACACCGUACGUAACAAUAAGUGAUUGAAAAUCAUCCUUAGACAUACACACCAUACCGCAUAAAUCAAUAUAUACAUAAAUAAUACAUGCAUAUACAUUUAAAAACGAAACAAAAAACUAAGAAAUCCAAAAAAAAAAACUAGUUUUAUAUGAAGUUAAGCAAAGCAGAAGGCCGUGGCAUAUUAUAUAACGAUUAUACAGGAUAACGAGGAGAGGAGAUAACGAUACUACCCCAGGACACUACUAGAUAUAUACAUAUAUACAACAGCUCUAUGCCUCUCAUAUUUACUCAAAUCCCCCCA